AUGAAGUACACCGGCGUCGCUGCUAUGGGCAUGAUGGGCUGUGCCCUCGCCUUGCCCCAGGGUCCUCCUCCCUUCAUCGGCGAGCUGCCCCAGGGACACCCUCCUUUCUCCGGCGCCCCUAGUGACGCGCCCACUCCAUCCAGCGGCUUCCCCAGCAGCACUCCCACCAGUGUUCCUACCGGCUUCCCCUUCGAUAAGCGCCAGUUCCCCGACGGCCCUCCUCCUAGCGGCUUCCCGGCUCCCACUGGACCUCCUCCCUCGGGCUUCCCUAGCGGCUUCCCCAGUGGCUUCCCUAGUGGCUUCCCCAGUGGCUUCCCCAGUGGCUUCCCCAGUGGCUUCCCCAGUGGUUUCCCUAGCGGCUUCCCCGCGCCCACCGGUUUCCCCUUCGAGAAGCGCGAGUUCCCCCACGGACCCGGUCACCAUGGCCCUCCCUUCGACGGUCCUCACAGCGGACCUCCUCCUAGCGGCUUCCCGACUCCCACUGGUCCUCCUCCCUCGGGCUUCCCUAGCGGCUUCCCCAGUGGCUUCCCCAGCGGCUUCCCCAGUGGCUUCCCCAGUGGCUUCCCCGCGCCCACCGGUCUCCCCUUCGAGAAGCGAGAGUUCCCCCACGGACCCGGUCACCAUGGCCCUCCCUUCAACGGUCCUCACAGCGGGCCUCCUCCUAGCAGCUUCCCGACUCCCACUGGCACUCCUUCCUGGGGAUUCCCCGCCCCUACCGGUUUCCCCACCGGCUUCCCCAGCGGAUUCCCCAGCGGAUUUGAGAAGCGCCAGUUCCCCACAGACCUCCCCUUCUCCAUCCCUAGCGGAUUCCUGAGUGCCUUCCCCUCCGGUUUCCCCACCGACCUGCCCUUCUCUAUUCCCUUCGAGAAGCACCAGGAGUUCCCCACUGGCCUCCCCACUCCCAGUGGACCUUCUCCCACGCCCUCCCCUCAGUAA